UGAAUUGAGUCCUCGCGUUCGAUUUCGUAACGUCAUACUUGGUGGACUAUUUGUAACUUCUAAAGAGCCGAAGCCUGAAUUCAUGAAGAUGUAUUUAUCAAUUUUCAUCGAUCAGGCUAAAGAUCUAAUGAAUAAUGUAGUAAAUUUUACACAUCGAUUGAUCGGAGAGAAAAUUAACUAUAAAUUUUACUGUCUUCUACUAUGCAUGGACUCAGUAGCUCGUCCAGUUGUACAGUUUCGCGUACAGUUCAACGGACAUUACGGAUGUAGUUGGUGCUAUGCGUAUGGAUUUUAUGAUGGUAGUGCAAUGCGAUAUCUAAUGUGUCGCAUCGAUCCAAAAUUAAGAUCACACGAAAGUUACUUACAAGACGUUGACAAGGUUGAAAGAAUUUAUCGCGCCCGCUUAACGAUAAACGGUGUAAAAGGUCGAUCGGAACUGCUGCGGAUGAAUCAUUUUAAUUGCGUUUGGGGUCUCCCCAUAGAUUACAUGCACGGUGUAUUACUAGGUGUGACCAAACAAUUAUGGAGCAUAUGGACUACAGCCUCAAGGAAUUGUUAUUUAAAGCCAAGUGAUAGAGAGGAAAUAAAUAACCGUCGAUCAAAAAUUAAGCGACCGCAUGAAAUUCAGAGACUGCGUUAACACCCUGCUGAAAAGCGAGAUCAGCGAAGCAGAGCUUCGAAAAUGCGAAUGUGAUCUGCUUCAAUUUGUGGGAGAGUGUGAAAUUUUAUAUGGGGAGGAAGUAAUGACAUUCAAUCUGCAUUCAAUGCUGCACCUAUGUGAAUCGGUUAGACAAAGUGGGCCGCUAUGGGCAAGUUCAACAUUUCCUUUUGAAAAUGGAAUUUUUUAUUUCAAACGCCACAUCAAUGCGCCUCACGGUGUAAGCCAUCAAAUUGCAAAUUUAGUAUUAAAAAAACAAUUUAUUAAAUCAAAUAUCAACGAUGCUUCAACGGUGCCUGCUUGUCGUAAUUACUGUCAUAAUUUAUUUAAACCAAAUCGUCUGGUAAACUGCGUGAAAAGUGAUAAUGGUGUGACACUGAUCGGUACAGGCCGACACGACAAAAAGAUUCAAACAGUGAUGAUGAAUCACCUAGAUGGAGUACAGAUACCGGUUAAAGUAUUUAAUCGAUGUAUUUACAAGGAAAUCGUGUUGCGCAGUACCUCAUACAUUCGUCCACAAAAAACAGAUGAUACUGUAGUACAAAUAAAAUCAAAGAAAAUAAUUAAAAUUCAC